AUGAACCGUUAUCGGAGAUUUCUAUACGUAGUUCUAUGUCUAUUAUUAUCUAAUAUUUGUGAUUAUGUAGAAUCUCCAGUAACAUUAGAAAUUCCUGAUGAAUUUCCCUAUUCUGUAGGCCCUCAAAUAAUAACUGAUGGUACAAACAAACAGAUAGAAAUACCUCUUGAGGACCCUGAAGAUUAUGAGAUAGAUCCGGGUGGUUUGGUACCAGAAAAUAAUGUCGAUGAGACCAGUCCAGAAAAGGAUGAUGAUGCUGGUAUUAAACUAGAUAAUUUCGAUUAUGGAAUACCUAAAACCAUUGAUCCGAAUGAGCUUGCAACUGAAGCUGAGUUGAGUUACAUUUAUGAAAAGGCUAGAUCAGCGACAUUGUAUUUGUUAAUUCAUAAUAAAAAGAAACCUUCUGAACAUUCCCUUAUUAUGCCAAACAUAGGUCCAGAUGAAAGAUUGCCAAUAUUACUAGAUUUGGAUGUGGUAGAACAUUACUAUUUGAAUUGUGAGUUUUAUAGCAGUCAUCGUAUAUACAAAGUCAAAGAAAACAUGGUCUUUGUCGGAGUUCUAAUAGAUAUAAACUCGAAAGACUCAUCACAUACAAUCAUUUGGAAGUCAAAAAGCUAUUAUGAAUUUGCAAAUAAAAUUGUUGCAAACGGCCUAUUCAAUGUUAAUUUUAUUAGUAAAGUAAGUGUAUUCCAUGAAAAUGGUGAAAUCAAACAUUAUAUUAAGACUAAGUUUGGAUGGGUAGAAAGAUCGCGUUGUAUUGAAAUUUAUAUUAAUUUUACUCAAUGCACUUAUGAAUAUUUGCAUUCGGAGGAUGGAUAUAUGGAUAUAUACACACCUAGGUACGAUUUCAAAAUUUCAAAGAUAAAAUUGGGGAUGGGUAAAUUGCCUUUCAAAUCCAAUCUCGACCUUUGGGAGGCAAAAAAUAAAUAUGAGUAUGCAAAAAAAGUUGAGUGUAUUAGACGUACCACAAAGCCUUCUUUUUAUGUUGUAAUAAUGAUAUAUCUGUUUAAUGGAGAUCUAAUUAAACUUAUUAGUAGAGAUAAAAAAUGGUAUCGAGUAGAUCCCAAACUUGUUUUGAAUUGUCAACUAGACCUCAAUUCUAAAGAUAACUCUUUUUGGUAUUAUUUUUAUGAUAAUGUUACUUAUAAAGUAUUUGAGGCUAAAGAGGGAUAUUGUUUUAGUAGUUUGAAAAUAUACAAAGAAUGUUUACGUUCAGAGGUAUCUGUAUGGAAAUCUCAAAAUUUUAGUGAAUGUGCUUACAAAGUAAUGGUCGACGGAAUUGAAUUUGUAACAGACACCAAAAAUAUUAUAAUUUACCAGAUUAGUGGAAAAUGCUCACAACUUAAACUAAUAGAAAAAAAAUGGAUAGUUAUAGAUCCUUCUAUCAUACUUGAUAUUAAUGAUAAAGAAAGUAAUAUAGGAUAUAACUAUUUUAAGGGUAAUGGUGAAAUUGAAUAUUUCAUCCCCAAUGGAGGCAUUGUAUUUAAAGAAGUAAUAGCGAUUUCCGGUUUUAUUUCGACUGAUAUAGUUCCAAUAUUUAAAGCCAAAAGUAAAUACGAAUAUGUUUACAAGGCGAUAGUGAUAAGAUUGGAAAAAAAUGCUAAGUAUUUGGUGCUGUUACUUGUUAACAAUGACAUUUUACUGUUCCAUAGGUUGGAUAAGGGACACCCAUGGAUCCAACGAUCAUUAGAUGACAGUACAUUACAUGAACUUAAAAUGAUGAAAGUCGAUUUAACUGAUCAUAGGGUCCUCUAUAAAAAGAGCGGAUACAAAAUAACUGACAAAUCUAUUGAAAUUAUGCCUUCUGAACCCAGUUUAGCGGGUCAACCUCAACCUGUAGUUCCAGUUUCUAAUCCAAUGCCUGUCAUGAUUCAAGAUAAACUUGUAGAUUUGGAUAUCGCUAAGGUCUACGGGAUCAGAGGAUAUGACAUAUAUUACAAGGAUGACAAGCUUAUUUUUGAAGCCAGAGAUAAUUACUUUUUCAGAUCAGUGAGAAAGAAUCAUGAAAUCUUAUGGAAGUCAAAAAAUAACUCUGACUUUCCGAACAAAGUUCUAUACAAGAGAGUAGAUAACACUGAUAAAAUAAAGGUUUAUUUUCCUGACAAGAUAAAAGAGGACCCUCCUAAGCCAAAGCCGAAAUUAAGUUUUGACCCUUCGACCAUUCAGGUUGAGGUCGCCAAGUGCAAGAAGCCUGGUUACACUUCUAAAUCCGACCUUUACAGGGCGACUGUUGUUGAGGUUUCCGGGAAACCUGCCACUCAAAUUCUUGAGGACCCCGACGACUUUUAUGUCCCUCCUUCACUUCCUCGCCAAAGCUCCAGGGUCUUCGACUUAGACGACUAG